GUUUUACAGAUGCAACUUGUCAAAACGGGUAUAAUUAUAUUAUUUCCACCCGCAAACCAAAGCCACUAGUUCGUUAGAGUCAAUAUACAUAACAAUCAUUUUAUAAUUGUAUUCUGACGAUAGUUUGUAAACGUGACAUGAGCAAAGUUACGUAUAUACCACAUAAUUUAAAUUAUUAUAAUCAAUAACACGUGUUAUUGCGUAUGCUACAUACAUUGUUUUUUAGACACGUUUUUCUUAUGGAUCAAUUGAAAAUAUUUCGUUGAAGUAAUAUCGCAAUCUGUUACCUAUAGAAAUAUGCAUUAAUACACGUUUUUCAAUAAUACGGUUAUAAUAUCGACUGUUCCCCUUGUUGGUAAUUAAUUCUUCCUCUUUAAAAAGCGUGUUCUUAGAACAUCACCGCACUCCCUCGGAAUCAACAGACGUUGCAGUACGUAGUGUUCAACAGUCGUAAGAUAUCCCUGAAGAUGUUAUCCCUGGUUGGCGUUUUGUGUCUGGCGACAGUGCUGCUUGCUCACCCAAGUGAGAGAGAAAAGAGAGCUGCAGGCUGUGAUUUUCAGGGCCAGAAUUAUGACGACGGCCAAGUGUUUACCAUAGCAUUAAGCGGCCCGUGCAUCAAAUACACCUGCAAUGCUGGUAGCGUCGGACCCACGACGAUUGAGUGUAAGGCUGACGAUGGGACGUGUGUUCCAUUUGGCACCAAGAAGACAAGCAUGUGUCGAGUUAGCGAGUGUGGACAAAACGCCAAAGGAUAUAUUGGCUUCUUCCCAAUUGCAGGCUCAAAUUAUGAAUGUCAAGACAAGGAUGGCAAAUGUGGCUACCAUAAUGGGGACAAGGUGACGCAUGUCAUCAACUCGAAAGCCUACAGCUGCACAUGCACGAUAAAAGGCAACACUGUAGGUUACAGUGCAUGCUCUUGGUUGCCAUGAAGAAUUACAAGCCACAUGUCAUGACACGGCAAAACAAGACAUGUUGAACGGUUCUAUAUGACAUUCAAAUAAAACAUAAACGAAAGCAACCCACAA